AAUUAAUCUAAUUAACCAAAUUAAUAGGGAUAACCUGAAAAGAAAGAUGUUUCAAAGCAAUUUUGCUAUGGGAUAAGUUAAUCCUUCAUCUUUAAGAGAAACUGUUGUUGAAGUACCUAAUGUCAAAUGGGAAGAUAUUGGAGAUUUAGAAGAAGUUAAAAAAUAGUUAUAAGAAAUGAUCUUAUUCCCUAUUGAACAUCCAGAAAAAUUUCAUAAAUUUUGUAUGUAACCAUCUAAAGGUGUUUUAUUUUAUGGACCACCAGGAUGUGGUAAAACAUUAUUAGCUAAAGCUGUUGCUAGUGAAUGUUCUGCUAAUUUCAUUUCUAUUAAAGGACCUGAAUUAUUAACUAUGUGGUUUGGUGAAUCUGAAUCUAAUGUUAGAGAAGUAUUUGAUAAAGUCAGAUAAGCAUCACCUUGUGUCUUAUUCUUUGAUAAAUUAGAUUCUAUUGCUGUUUAAAGAGGUAAUAGUGUAGGUGAUGCUGGCGGUGCAGGUGAUAGAGUUAUCAAUUAAUUAUUAACUGAAAUGGAUGGAAUAAGUGCUAAAAAAAGUUUAUUCUAUAUUGGAGCUACUAAUAGACCAGAAAUACUUGAUGAAGCUAUCAUUAAACCUGGUAGAUUAGAUUAAUUAAUUUACAUUCCUUUACCUGAUGAACCAUCAAGACUCAAUGUUUUCUAAGCUAAUCUUAGAAAAACACCUGUUGCUUAAAAUGUUAAUCUUGCAUAUUUAGCAAAAAUUACUGAUGGAUUCUCAGGUGCGGAUAUCACUGAAAUAUGUUAAAGAGCUGCAAAAGCUGCUGUCAGAGAUGUAUAUAUAUAAUAUUAGUUUUUAGGUUAUUGAAGCAGAAGCAAGAUAAAAAUAAGCCCAAUAAAUGUCUCCAAAUAAAACUUAAUCAUAAAUUAUAAAAGCUGAGCCUGUUCCAGAUCUUAACCGUAAGCAUUUUGAAGAAGCACUUAGACAUGCUAGAAAAUCAGUUACAAAUAUUGUAAUACUAUUUUCUAUAAAUUUAAGAUUUAUAAAAAUUUGAUCCUUCAUUUAACAAAGGAGAAAAAUGAGGUGGAUUUUCUUUUAAAUGGCCUGAAGCUGGUGGUUAAUAAUUUGGAAGAAGUUAAUAAAGUAGAAUUUAAGAUGA